GUACGUCAGAUCUACGACGAUGUGCAACAUCGGCUGCCCUCCACUCUCACUGGCCAGGACGAGGAGGACGAUGAGCGCGUGUCCCUUCCAGCUGGCUUCGCAUCUGCCACCAGCGGUGACGAGGCAGAAGGCUCGGAAGCCGACAGUCUCCGCGACACUGCCAUCAGGCUCUUCGGAAGCGCUAACCUGGGUGACGUCGUGGCCGACCUUUCUAAGGCAGAUGGAUCCACGGGCACCCGCGGCACCCGCGCCACAUCCUACGAUGCACCUUCGACAGCUCAAGGCCGCGACACAGAGACGGACCGUGACGAGCGGCGCGGCCAUGCAGCAGAGGAGGAGGAUGAGAGCUCCGGAAACGACUCCGUGGAUGAAGAUUUUCAGGCGAUGCGUAAGGCACUUAAGGUGUCCAGCCAGAAGAUGGCAGAGGACGCCCCUGCGGAGUCCCGCAAGCCUUUAGCUGCACAGAUUUUCAAGCCCGCCGCUGCACUGGUCGGGCCCAGCUCAACGGGCACCACAGCGGCUGGGAAAGCUCCGGCGACCCACCCAACAGGUGGCUUCGUCCGCCUCGAGCUCGUAGAGAGCAGCGAGGACGACGCGGAUGCGGACGACGAGGGCGAGGAAGAGUCCGACGCCAGCUCGGAAGACGAACAGGACUCGCACCUUCGUCUCUUAAAUCGACUGCAGAGCUCGGCUCCGGAAGGGAAUUGCUCGUGGGAUGUCUGGCUCGAGGUGCUUCGACGAUGGCCGCAGCUGAAGGUCAAGCUGAACUCCCCCGACUUUGCGCGCAAGGGCAACGACUUGCGGGUGAAGUUUGAUGUGGACCUCCUCAAGUCCAUCAUCGAAGAGGUAAAGGCGGCGCGCGCAGAUGCCCGCGAGAAGAGACGCGAGACGCGGGACAACAUGGAGUCCCGCAUCCAUGAGUUCAUUCAAGAAGCAGAGCGUCAGCGCGAGCUCAUGAAACACCGCCUGG